AUGGACGCCUUCUCCGGGUACAAUCAAAUCAUGAUGAAUCCCGACGAUCGCGAGAAGACCGCAUUCAUCACCGACCGCGGAACGUAUUGCUACAAGGUAAUUCCUUUCGGUCUCAAGAAUGCGGGUGCUACUUACCAGCGACUUGUCUAUCGAAUGUUCUCCGAACAGCUCAGAAAGACUAUGGAAGUGUACAUCGAUGACAUGCUCGUUCGUAUUCGCAUCAGGAGAGUUUCUCGGUUAUCUGGUAAACGCACUGAUAGAAAUGGUCUCACCAAAGACAAAACGAGAAGUCCAAAGGCUAACCGGAAGGGUCGCAGCUUUGAACCGUUUCAUCUCACGUUCGACGGACAACUGAAGCGUUACCUGGCCACUCCUCAUGGUCUUGCAAAACCAGUAGAGGGAGAACCUUUAUUUUUAUACAUCGCGGUCUCCGCAACAGCAGUAAGUGGUGUUUUGAUCAGAGAAGAACGCGGUGAACAAAAACCAAUCUUUUACAUAAGUAAAACCUUGCUGGACGCUGAGACGCGGUACCCCUUGAUGGAAACACUAGCAUUCGUUGUUGUAACAUCGGCGAGAAAGCUCAGGCCAUAUUUCCAAUCUCAUACCAUAGUGAUUCUCACCACCUUUCCCCUGCGCACGGUUCUGCACAGUCCGAGUCAGUCAGGACGGCUCGCGAAAUGGGCAAUCGAACUGAGCGAGUACGAUGUCGAGUACCGCCCAAGAACCUGUGCAAAAUCUCAGGUGCUGGCGGAUUUCUUAGUAGAAUUGCCCACGGGGGAUAUGACAAACACGGAACCAGAUUCAACUUGGGUUCUUCACGUUGAUGGAUCAUCGUCCAAACAAGGAUCCGGAAUUGGGAUUCGGCUCACGUCGCCCACCGGGGAAAUCUUGGAGCAGUCGUUUCGGUUAGAAUUCCAUGCAUCAAACAACGAGGCUGAAUAUGAAGCACUCAUUGCAGGAUUACGACUAGCCCAUGGGCUGAAGAUUUACAACAUCCACACUUACUGCGAUUCUCAGUUAGUCGCAAAUCAAUACAGCGGAGAAUACGAGGCAAGAGACGAAAGAAUGGACGAAUAUCUAAAACUCGUCCAGGACCUGGCCCAAGACUUCAACCACUUCGCCCUCACUAGAAUUCCUCGCUCGGAAAACACCCAGGCAGAUGCCUUGGCCGCGCUCGCGUCAAGCUCGGAUCCAGGACUAAAACGGGUAAUCCCCAUGGAAUUCAUUGAACAUCCGAGCAUCGGACCGCCGGUGAUCGCCAAUCUGAUUUGGGGAAAAAUCGAAGAUGCUGAGGAAAUCGAAGAUCCACCAGAAGGAAAGAUGAAUCAGCCGGAAUACGGUUGCAACAGCCCAUGGCUAGAGCCGAUCCGAGCCUAUAUAGCCGAAGAACGUUGCCCGCCGAGAAAUGGGCGGCACACAAAAUUAAAACCCAAGCCGCACGAUAUCGGCCAGACAGAGACCCUUAACAAAACUGUCCUUGACGGGUUAAAAAAGCGCAUAGAAGCCAAUAAGGGACGAUGGGCAGAUAAGCUCGAAGGAGUUCUUUGGUCACAUCGUACAACCCCAAGACGGGCUACGGGAGAAACCCCCUUCGCCCUCGUUUACGGGAUGGAAUGCAUGAUCCCAGCGGAAGUAGAAUUUCCUGGAGUGCUGAGAAGAUUCCUCCCCGAACGAGAAGAUCUCAACAACGCGAUGCUGCUGGACGAACUCGAUCUCAUUAACGAGCGACGAGACCAAGCUCUCAUAAGAAUCCAUAACUACCAGCACGCUGCCGCGAAAUACUACAAUUCAAACGUUCGCCACCGCAGGUUCAAGGAAGGUGAUCUGGUUUUGCGCAAUGUCUUCCAAAACACUGUCGAACGUAACGUAGGAAAACUGGGAGCAAACUGGGAAGGACCAUACAAGGUCAUAAAGGUUGUCCGACCAGGAUUGUACCAAAUCGCGAACAUGCAAGACGUCAAGAUCCAAAGAACCUGGAAUGCGAUGCAUCUUAAAAAAUACUACCACUAA